CUCCACCAGGAUAUACAGGAAGGAAAGCAAAGCGAUCUCGACAUUUUUUCCUAUAUACCUCCUUCUCGUAAAUAUCCUAAGGUCAUUUUGUGCCUUAUAAAGCAUUUUUGGUGAAUAUUUCAACGAAUCAUCGCUUUUUUGUGUGGUGAAGAGCGUAGGGUUUGCCACAUCCUUCCUCUCUCCUCCGGGAUACUGGACAACGCUCAUGCAUCUGGAUGAACAUCGUGCAGUAAUGUCUCAUUUUUAUUAGGAAAUUUAAACUGGCCACUGACAACAAGCCUCGCCGUCUGCAUCAUGGUCAACCUUUGCUGCCUUUGCUGCGGUGAAAUCCCUCAACCCCGCCCCCCUCUGUCCAGCCAGGCGGGUCCACCUCGGGAUCCCCGCUCCGUGCAGCAGCAGCAGCCCGCUGGCUCCGGCCCAGACGCCGUGGAGCUGAAGGGGGCGCAGAAAGGGGGAGCAAGACAGCUAGAGCAAGUGAAGAAAAAGGAGUGAGUUUAUAAUCUGUCUGUGACAUGCCAAAAAGUGCAGCAUGCUCUCCUCCGAUCCGGACUCUGCGGAGGACACGGCGGUCAACAAUGCUCCCAAUGAGGCUGAGGAAGAGGAGCAGGAGGAUGAGCAGGACUCAUCGGCAGAGAGUGAUGUCCCAGAGGAGCAGCGUCCAGUGAAGCAGUCCCUCGGUGCUUGUGUGUGCCGGGAGUCCCAUUGGCGCUGCCUGCUGCUCUCUCUGCUCAUGUACAGCUGCCUGGGCGCCGUGGCCUGGUGCCAGCUGACCCGGGUCACCAAAAUCAGCUUCAACUCCGCCCUCACCUCCUCCUUCUCUGCCUCCUUCACCUCCUCCCUGCGGGGCGCCUCUGGGAUGGGUGUUAGCGGAAACUCGAUGAUCUACCACGACAGCCCCUGCUCUGACGGCUACAUCUACAUCCCUCUGGCCUUCCUGCUCAUGCUCUACGUCUUAUACAUGGUGGAGUGCUGGCACUGCAGAGCAAGGAGCGAGCUGCAGAGUAAAGCAGACGUAGACACAGUGUACGAGCGUGUGCUACGCAUGAGACAGGCCCAACCUUGCAUUUGGUGGAAAGCCAUUAGCUACCACUUUGUCCGUCGGACCCGUCAAGUAACUCGAUAUCGCAAUGGAGAUGCCUACACCACCACACAGGUGUACCACGAGAGGGUGAACACACAUGUGGCCGAGGGGGAGUUUGACUUCGGCCGCUGCGGGAUGAAAGAUGUAUCACGUGACCUCAGGGGAUUGGAGGGACAUCCAGCGACUCGCCUGCACUUCACAAAAUGUUUCAGCUUCACAGAGGCCGGGCCAGAAAACGAUUACCUCAACCAGAGAGCAAGGUUCUUCUCUGAAAUCGAGGGUUUGGACGAUUACAUGGAGGCUAGGGAGGGCAUGCAGUUGAAGAAUGUGGACUUCAGAGAAAACCUGAUAGCCUAUGUGGACCCUGACAGGUUGCCUUGGUACAGCUCGCAGAUGGCCUUCUGGCUGGCAGCUCUGCUCAUGUUGUCAUGGCCUCUGAGAGUGCUGAUAGAGUACCGCACUUCUUAUGUGCACUACCGCAUAGAGAAACUAUUCGGGUUAGAGUACAGCCCGUCUCCUCUCGAUGAAGACAGGCCUAAUACUGGGUGUGUUAUUCCCAGAGUAGACACACUGGACAGCACUGAGAUGGAGUGGCACAUACGCUGUAACCGGCAGGUGAUCCCUAGCUACUCUGAGGCCAUGCUGAUAAACAUGAGCACUGCCGACUCUAACUCCUUACCAGACACUGAAUGCACCUCCUCCUCAAACUGCUUCCUCCUCGAGAGCAGCCAGACUGCUCAGAGUUACGGCGCCCUGCAAAGCCAGGAGGACUGCGAGCAAUGCAGGGAGCCGACAGGAGCAGGGGAUGGUGGAGGCGAUGGAGGAGGUGAUGGAGGCAGGAGGAGGACCCUCACCAGCUCCAGCUGCUCCUCCAUCUUCUCUUGCCGGGGAGCACUGCUACAUUCCCACCUCUCCUCGGACACCUCCCGCUUCUCUCUCUGCCGCAUGUACGGCUCCCACCGCACCAUAGCUCUGUGGAGGAGCCGCAGCAGCACCCUGACUGACCCGUGCUGCGUGGACGAGCAGUGCUGUAGGUCCGACUCCAGCCAGCUGGCACUCAGUGACAGUCCGCCAACCUAUAGGGAUGCCCGCUUCUUCCCUGUGCUGAUCGUGCACCGGUCUGAAGGCUGUGGCGGCGAGGACGGGAGGGAAGUGAGGCGAUAUUACAUACGGAGAGGGUCUUCCUGUGUAGAGACGGAUCUGUGAAGGACAUUUGGACACUUGAUUGAUGAGCCAAGAAUGGAUUCACAUCAUUAUGUUGAUGGUGUUGGUCAGUGUUUGCUCCAUAGACAGAAUGACAUUUACGAUUUAUGAAGCUUUUUCAAAAAAUUACAAAUAUAUGAAGUAAAAAAGGUUGAAGAUGAUAGUUUAGAUUCUUAGUUGUGGGGUUAUAUGAUGGACUAAUUCACACAGAGUGUAUUGAUUCACUAAAUGGGGUCGGCACAGACUAGCAUCCCGAAAGUUAAGCAAUUUAGCCACCUGUUGUGUUAGGACCAGUAUCAAAACAUAUUUCAACCACCUUAAAUAAUCUAUACAGUACUUUUUACCCCUUUCCUUUCUGGCAGACUGCCCUUUCUUACAGGUAACUGAAACUGUUAUCUUUUCUCUCUUCAAAGCCACCAGUCGAUAUAGUCUAUGCUGGCAUAGACUACAUAGAAUAUAAUAUACAUUUUUAUAUACAGUAGUAACUGUCGGUCUGCCUCUCUUAUUGGGAGACUUAACUAAAUCUAAAUUGACCAAAGUUACACAAUAAUACAAAUUAUUAACUAGUCGAGGCAGUGGUAGCCCAGCAACUCCUGUCUUGUGCCAUGUUAAAGUACUGUUUCUGUCAAUGAAGUUUAGUGGCCUUGAAGAGAGCAUGGACGACGGCUUCUUCACCUGAAAGGUCACUCAGGUAAAGGGCGGAAACUACUCUAAAUGUAAUGUACACUUAAACUGAAAUUGAUGUUCUCAGGUGGCCCUGAUUUUUCAAACUUUACCUCUUAAAACCCCACUGCAACUAAUAUAAACUAUCCUUCUAAAUACAGACUUCUAUUUUUUAACACAGUCACAAUACCCUCUUUAUAGCAGCUACACUCUGUCAACUAUGGUGUGUAUCAUGACACACAUUUAAAUCUGACUAAAUGGUAAACACAAGACUGAUACAUGAAAACUGCACGACCGCUACAUCCCCUUAUAUUUCUGAAAAAAACACAUGAUGCAAAUCUACACCACUUUAUACAUUGCAUUUUUAUGUGUGAGAUGUGUGCAACUUAGAAGCAUAUCUCAGGCUAGAAGAAGAAAGAAAGGUUGCAUGUUGUUACUAAUGUAUUGUGUUUUUUUGUUGAUUAAUGGUGAAACCAAAGACAUAAAUAUUCUGUUUUGUUUUUUCAAAGAUAUUAUUGCUUUCGUUGACGAGUGAGAACAUGAAGAGAAUGUCAAUAUGUAAGCAAUAAAAUAUUCAUCCAAAAUGAUUGUAUGUUCAUCAGUUUACUGCAUCCUGUGAAAACGUGGAAAAAAGAUGAAAAUAGUACGAUGAGUCAUCUAACAAGACUGGAUUGUGGGGUUUAAAUUCACUUUGAUUAAAUCCCUAAUUUAAAUGACUGCAUG